AUGACAUCACUCCCUCAUUCUCCAGGGACAUAUUUAUACCAUGCACACUAUGGUAUACAAAGAGAAGCGAGGCUGUACGGAUCAAUUUGUGUAUCGCUUCCCGAUGGAGAAUCCGAGCCCUUUUCGUAUGAUUAUGAUAGAAGUAAAAUCCUUACUGAUUGGUAUCACACCAGCACAUAUGAACAAGCUACUGGCCUCUCUUCAAUACCCUUUGUGUGGGUUGGAGAACCUCAAUCUAUUCUGAUACAAGGCAAGGGAAGGUUCGAUUGCAGUACACCAGGCAUUCAAGCAGGUCUUUGNNGCAUUCAAGCAGGUCUUUGCAAUGCCACAAAUCCUGAAUGUACACCUUAUGCACUGACAGUGAUUCCUCGAAAAACGUAUCGACUCCGAAUCGGAAGCCUAAUGGCCCUAUCAGCAUUGAGCUUUGAAAUAGAAGGUCAUAACAUAACAGUUGUUGAAGCUGAUGGUCACUAUGUUGAACCAUUUGUUGUAAAAAACUUGUUCAUCUACUCCGGUGAGACGUAUUCCGUCCUAGUUACGGCCGAUCAAGAUCCUUCGAGAAACUACUGGGCAAGUGCAAAAAUUGUAAGCAGGAACAGCAAUACUACGAAUGGUUUAGCCAUCUUCAAUUAUUAUCCAAACCACCCACGACGAAACCCUCCAACGAUCCCUCCUCCCGGCCCACAUUGGAAUGAGAUCAAACCACGUGUGGGUCAAAGCAUUGCAAUAAAAUCACACAAAGGUUACAUCCAUCCUCCUCUCCAGACAUCCGACUGA